AUGCACGCAUCUUCCCGGGUGGCUCGUGAUCUUCUUCCUCUACCUCUCCUUGGGGGACAGGACCUUCCGAAGACAAACUUGUCUCGUGGCUGUCGAGAGCGGUGGCUUCGCAGGGAAAGGCGAGUGGAUGAUUGCAAUGCGGCUAUCCGGGCCCUUAAUUACUUGAACAGUCCUGGUUCGAAGAACGACGCUGGGCCAAUUCAUUCUUUGCAAACCUUUCGUGCCUCGGCUGCACAGGCUGAGGCCCUGCUGCGGAUACAGACCGCAGUUGAUCAUCUGGGCCCGCCCCCAGAUGACGUGACAGUGCCAGAAGCGCUACGGCAGCUUCGGUGUGAGGGCUAUGUCGAUGAUCUCCAGGCGACGGGUGCCCUUGCCUCCUUUAAUUCCGAAGGGGUCUCCUUGCCUGAGGAAGGUUGGAAGCCAAUUUCAUUAGCUUCACUCGGGGGCCGCGACGGGGGAGUAUCUGUUGGAGACUACGUACAGCAACAAGUGCUGCCACCAGAGUUAGCUUCUGCUAGGGUGGAGGCAUGUGGCGUCAAGUGCACGUACACUGACCCCAAACUCCGUGAUCCCAAGGUUUACGGUGCUUUUCUUGGCAGGCUUGCUCGGUCGAACCUCGUGGAUUUCAGUACGCAGGCAGGGGCCGAACAUAUCUCACUGUUCUUUGUCCGCAAAAAGAACGGAAAGCUCCGCGUGAUUAUUGACGCCCGGCGGAGUAACCAGCACUUUCGGGACCCCGAUCAUGUACAGCUAUGUACAGGGGACACGCUCUCUCGGUUCGAGAUUGACGGCGAAGAGGACUUGACGAUCUGUCAAGCUGAUCUCAAGGACGCUUUUUACCACCUAUCGUUGCCCGAGAGUCUUCGCAAAUACUUUGUGCUCCCGCCGAUUGACGGGCGCUACCUGAAAGGAGUAUGUCUACCCGAUGGCACACCUGUUGGUUCCGGCCUCAAAGUUUUUCCUCGGCUCGCGGUCGUGCCGAUGGGCUGGUCGUGGGCGCUGUUCAUUUGCCAAAACUUGCAUGAGCAGAUCGUUGAGGCUUCUGGGCUUUCAGAGGGUCAACGGCUUCGAGAUGGGCGUCCGUGUCCCAGCGCUGCGGUGGCACACACUCAAUAUGUAGACAACCUUGUCGUGCUGGGUCAGGAUCGCAGUGCAGUGGUGAGCGCCUUUCAGCACGCCGUCGAGCAUUUGAAGGCCGCAGGGUUACAAGUCCACGAGGAGGAAAUCUGUGAUGGAGGUGCUUGUGUUUUAGGAUGGGAGUUCGAGGCCUCCGGCAUCUUCAGGCCGAGUGCCCGGAGAGUCUGGAGAGCUCGGCUAGCCAUCAGAGCAUUGCUCGCGAGGCGGCGUGCUUCGGGAAAGCAGAUCGAGCGGCUGGUCGGGCUCUGCAGUUUCAUAUGUCUUGCUCGUAGGGAGAGUUUAUCUGUCUUUGGCGAUGUUUACCAGUUCAUUGCGAGAUAUCGUGAUUGUGGCAGGGAGAUUCGCAUGCCGCCUGGAGUCCGCAGAGAGCUUCACAUGUGGGAUGCUAUCUCUCCCCUCAUCUUCAAAGACUUGCGCUCUCCCUGGAGCGAGCAAGUUCAUCGCCUCGGGCGCUACAGCGAGAGAUGGCGAUUCGCUGCGCAUGAGGUGAUGGCCUUGACAGUGACAAACCCACCGCAGAUUUUGAGGUGGCGCCGCACUCCUACGCUUCCGGUCGGAGAGGCAGAUCCAGCACUUUUCAACUUAGGAGGGUUUGCUCCCAAGUGGCGGCGCUCAGUUUCGCCUCUGGGAUACAGCUGUGUCUGCGCUGGAUCCCCAGCGAAUGGAACCCGGCUGACAACCCAAGCCGGGGCGUUUGGCAGCCUAGUGUGCCGAGCCGUGCUGCAAAAGAUGUUUUACCGGGAGACCUUGUGUGUCCCAGCAAGCACCGUGGCGAGGACUCCGCAGUCAAGCAAGAAACGCAUGGUGAGCCAGAUGGCCCCACCGGCUCUCAACGUUCAAAGCUGUUUGCCAGCUCAAGAAGUGGAGCAGCGGCAGGCCAAGAAGGCUCGACGACUCGCCAGCCUUGCAGCACAGCCAGCUCCUGCACUGAGCCUAACGCGCCUCGAGCUGGCAUCUGUGUCAACUGCCUGUCGAGCUCGCUAUCAGCGCCUGUGGGAGGGGGUUGCUCCGCUUCUUUGUUCCAGCCCAGGGGUACUCAAAGACAUGAGCACCAUCGAGACGAUUCUGUGUCAGCAGUUGGAGGAGCUGUUCCUGGACGGCUGCAACCUGGCCAGUGGGCAAUACCUGAUUGCAGCUGUGAUCUUCUUCAACCUCUCGCUGAAGUCGCAUCCCAUGCCUCGGGUGAAGCAAUCUCUGCAGGGCUGGCGGAAGCUAGCUCCGCCCCAGGCCCGCCUUCCGAUCCCCUACGAGGCGGUGGCGCUCAUGGCUCAGAUGGCGUUUGCCAAAGGGCUGAUUUCAAUCGGCCUUUUCCUGCUCCUGGCCUUUGCGCUCUACCUUCGGCCCUCAGAGGGGCUAAGGCUGCGAAAAAGGGACGUUAUCAAGCCAGUUCAGAAACGCGGCACUUCGAGUCACUGGCAGUUCGUCCUCAACCCUUUGGAAGAGGGCGUGCCUUCCAAGACUCAAGAGUUCGACGAGACCCUGCAGCUGGACUUGAAGUACCAUCGCGGGUUGGGCGAAGCCAUCCAUCGAUGUCUGGGACUGGACAAAUUGUCAAGCAAUCAGAAGAUUUUUCAGCUCGAGAGCAAAGACAUCAACGAUUUCAUGAUGUUGGCGCGGGUGCAGUUGAACCUCCAGCCUUUGGGGCACCUGCAUUUGUACCGGCUCCGCCAUGGGGGUGCCAGCUACGACUACAACAACCAUUUUCGGGACCUCGCUUCGGUCCAGCAGCGAGGUCGCUGGAAAAGCCACAACGGUGUUCGUCGCUACGAGAAGGGUGGACGUCUGGCUCAGUUGUUCGCAGCUCUCAGCCCCGAAACGCGGCGUCUCGCUACCAAGGCGGCCACAGGUCUUCAGGGCACUCUCCUCAGCCUGCGCUUUGGACCUACAAUCUGGACGAAAAGGUGA